UUGUUAUAAUAUUAAAUUAAAAUUGAAAAUUGAAAUAUUUUAAAUGUCCAUUUGUGUCUUAGUAUGGCAGGCACUUGCGUGGUUCACCCGAUGGACGUGAUUAAAAAUAGGAUGCAAGUGCAUAAAGGGAAAGCAUCAAUCCUGGACGUAAUCGGCACCACGUUCAAAGCAGAGGGCAUUCUUUCGUUUUACAGCGGCUUAACGGCCGGUCUCUUAAGACAGGCGACGUACACGACCGUACGACUCGGGAUUUAUAAUCAGCUGCAAGAUUUUUGGAAACAGAAAUACGUCGGUCGUCCCACUUUCCCGGCUUUGGCAGCCAUGGCUGGAACUGCUGGUGCUAUGGGAGCUUUCUGUGGAACACCAGCCGACGUCGCUCUUGUGAGAAUGACAAUAGAUGGCAGAUUACCAGUAGAGCAGAGAAGAAAUUACAAGAACGUAGUCGACGCUUUUGGCAGAAUUGCCAAAGAAGAAGGAAUAUUCGCUCUUUGGAGAGGAAGCGUGGCCACGAUGGGAAGGGCUAUCGUCGUUAACAUUUCACAACUGGCCACUUAUAGCCAAGUGAAGCAUAUGCUAGCAACAGAACUGGGCCUUAAAGAAGGUUUAGGUCUACAUUUCGGUGCAUCCAUGAUAUCAGGAUUUGUCACUGCGUUCAAUUCCAUGCCUUUCGAUAUCGCCAAGACCAGAAUACAAAAUAUGAAGGUCAUUGGCAAACCUCCAGGCAUGAUUUCAGUUAUAAUGUCAAUUGCGACAAGUGAAGGGAUAACAGCUCUUUGGAAAGGUUUCUGGCCGACUUAUUGCAGAAUAGGUCCGCACACGGUAAUAACUCUCGUUGUUAACGAGCAAUUAAUGCGUUUAUACAGAACACGUUUUUAAUUCGAUAACAAAAUUCGAUAAAAAAAAUAUCCAAAGGUAUGCAUUUUUGCACAUAUAUCCAUCAUAA